AUGCCCCUUGAUAAUGCUACCAGUGGUCUUGGGGGAGGGCUUCCCAAUGACAGACUGGAAUCAGAAACAGUCGGAGGGGUCAAAGGCGUCUCAACAAAGCGACUGGACAAUGUGACUGAAGACCUGACCGACCCGGUCCUUCCCGGCGGAUUUCCUUCUGACGAAGCUUCGAAAAGAAAUGAGGAAGCUGUCGAAAUCUCAUUUUCGGCUAUAUGGUCUACCAUCGCUGCAGGGUUGUCCACUCUAUUCCCUCAAGCAUUCGAUGCAUUUGAGUCCAGUAUUAGUGGGCUAGUCUGUUGGCUACUACCUCCGCCCCGUCAAGCAGCAAUUUAUGAAGCUGCAUUAAAGCGCCCCGCCGCCACGACAUUUAUCGUUUGUCAAAUUAUCUGCUGCGGAGUGCCAUUGUUCGUAUUCUUAGCUGGCAUAGUUGUCUUCGCUGCUAUUGCGAUACUUCUCUGGGCUUUAUUGUCACUACUAAUCCUUGGACCGGUGUUAUUAGUCACAAGCAUGAUGGGAGCAUCUCUCUGGGGAUGGGGCUGGAUCUUCUACGGUCUGGUGAAGUGGAUUGAUCAGCGUUUCUUAGGCGGUAUGCUUAUACGCUUCUGGCUUCCUCGGCCGCAAUCAGAAACGCAAUCAGAGACAGAAAAUGGAGGGGACCAGCCCGAGGAAGAUAAAAAGAAAGAGUAA